GUGGAAAUAGGGGAAGGGGUCAGAUUUAUCCUGAUGGUAGCAAAAGUAACAAUACAGUUUAUAAUGCUACGGCAGGAGGGAUAAUAAGCAAAAUUUUACGAAAAGAAAAAGGGGGAUACGUAAUAACCAUAGUGGAUGCAUCGAAUGAACGCCAAGUAAUUGAUAUUAUCCCUCGAGGCCUAGAACUUCUUGUUUCAGAGGGCGAAUCCAUUAAACUCGAUCAACCAUUAACGAGUAAUCCUAAUGUGGGUGGAUUUGGUCAAGGGGAUGCGGAAAUA